AUGUAUUAUGUUAGAAGAAUAAUAACAAUAAAUGCACUUCUUGUAUUACAAUGUACUGCUGUGGUGGCAAGUGAUACAGGGAGCGGUGAUGUAGUGAAAACCGUAGUGGAGGGUCUAAAAACUGGUUGGAAAACAUAUACAGAUCUAUUCAAGAACCUAUGUCAACAAAUGGUGGGAAGUGCUACGGAGAAAAGUGGGAACGAUGCUGCGGGACUUGGUAUUAACGUCUGUGAUAACAGCAUAGCCAUCACCCUUCUUCUUGGUAUUGUCUCUGCAAUAUGGGGUUCUUUCCAAUUUUUGUGUAGAUUGUGGUGUAUUAAUUGUUGUGCUAAUUGUUGUAGAAGAAGACCAAGGAGAACAAAAAUGCCAAAGCAAAUUGUAUACCAUGUAGGCUAUAAGCCGGGUGAAAAAACACCAAAGCAGGAUUUGUACCAGGAGGUGUGCCACGAAAGCGAAAAAGAUCUAGGGCCACCAUCCUCAGCAUCCUCACCAUCCUCCUGCUCAACAUCAUCACAAUCGUCACCAUCACAAGCACCAGAAUCGGAACAGGAGCAACCUGAAUCUGGUCAGUCAGGCAAAAGGGAGCGCGUAAAGGGAAGGAGGGAACAAAGAAUGGAGAAAGCACUCAAGGGGAAGAAAAAACGCUGA